GAAAAGUAAAUUCAUAAAAGUACAAACAACCCUCCAACGUGUACUUUUUAUAAUCAAAUUUUGUAGAGUCUACAUCUUUAGGACCUCCAGAUAUCAAACGGAUUUUAUUGAGAAGUUUUGUUACAUUAUCAGCAUAAAUUUCCUUCCCAUCACUUUACUUCCACGAUAAAGAACCCCGCACUCACUCACCUACCUCACUGUACGAAUCUUUGAUUGAUUGAUUGAGAAAAUGUCCUCCCGAGAGGAAGAGGCAGUUGCCUUGAAGAAUCAAGGAAACAAAGCUUUCGCUGCUCACGACUGGCUCGGAGCUAUCGAUUUAUACACCAAGGCCAUAGAACUUGACGACCAAAAGCCAACAUACUAUUCAAACAGAGCUCAGGCAAACAUAAAAUCUGAGGCUUACGGAUACGCAAUAGCUGAUGCUACAAAAGCCAUUGAACUCGAUCCGAAUUUUGUCAAGGCAUACUAUCGUCGAGCCGUUGCAUAUACUGCAAUCCUAAAACCAAAAGAAGCUCUCAAAGAUUUCAAGGCGGUUGUCAAGAAGGCACCAAAUGAUAAGGAUGCGAAGCUCAAGUUGGCAGAGUGUGAGAAGAUUGUAAAAAGAAUCGAGUUCUUUCGAGCCAUCGAAGUUGGAGAUCCACCAUCCGCGGCGGAGGGCCUCAACCUUGAUGAUAUGGUUGUGAAGGAUUAUGAUGGUGUAGAGUUGGGCAACGAAAUGACGACUGAGUUUAUCAAUGAUAUGCUUGAACGUUUCAAGAAUGGCAAGAAAAUACACCAGAAAUAUGUUUAUCAAAUUGUCAUGGCAGUCAAAAAGAUUGUCUAUGAUGAACCGACAAUGGUGGAGAUGGAGAUCGACAGUGACGCACAAUUGACCGUUUGUGGAGAUACACAUGGUCAAUUUUUCGAUCUUAUGGAACUUUUCAGACUCAAUGGUCUACCCACAGAGAAGCACUAUUACUUAUUCAACGGUGAUUUCGUUGAUCGAGGUUCUUGGUCAUGUGAAAUUGCACUAUUGUUGUAUGCAUACAAAUGGUUACGUCCAUCAGCAUUUUUUAUCAACAGAGGAAAUCAUGAGACCGAUGACAUGAACCGUGUUUAUGGAUUUGAGGGCGAGUGCAAGGCAAAAUACAAUGAACGUACUUUCAAGCUGUUCUCCGAAAGUUUCUCGGCCCUGCCUUUAGCAACUCUCAUUGGCAAGAAAUAUCUUGUCCUUCACGGAGGGUUAUUCUCGGAUGACAAGAUCACGCUAGACGACAUUCGAGCUUUGAACAGACAUAAUCAACGCCAACCGGGCCAGGCAGGAUUGAUGAUGGAAAUGUUAUGGACGGAUCCACAAAAGGAGCCAGGUCGUGGCCCAAGUAAACGUGGUGUCGGUAUGCAAUUUGGACCGGAUAUCACUAGAAGGUUUUGCGAGAACAAUGGAUUAGAGGCUAUCAUCCGUAGUCAUGAGGUCCGAAUGGAAGGUUAUGAAGAGGAACACGAUGGAAAAUGCAUUACUGUCUUCUCCGCACCGAGAUAUUGCGAUAGCACGGAAAACAAGGGAGCUUAUAUCAAUAUCGGACCUGAUUAUAAGUUGGACUUCCACAAGUUUGAUGCAGUGCCACAUCCUAAUAUCAAGCCUAUGGCCUACGCACAAAAUUCUCCUUUAUCGAUGAUGUAGACGAAACAACCAUGAUCAGAUAUAUCAGGUGGUUUUUGGGAGCGCUCAUAAAAGUUUGGAUCUAUUCCAUCUAUCAAGAUAGGAGAUCAAUCCGUAGGAAAAUAUCUUACAAGGGAUUUCAAAAUGUACAAUAGCAGUAAUAUCCUCACAUAAAGCGCUUCAAUGAUACUGAUGUUCAAGCGAGAAUGUAGUUAUUCAAAAUAACCUAAUCAUUUACAACUCUUAGCCAAUCAAUCACUAAGGACGAACUCCGACCAAUCCGCUGACGCUGCUUGGUGGCGUAUUUAUUAAUGGUGUAUCAAGAAGUGAAGUGGCUUAGAUGAAAUUCGCUACCCGCCGUGCAAGAAGCUUGACAUUUGC